AUGUUGAUGUAUUAUUCACUUUUCCUUUUUAAUUUAAUAAUAUGUUGUAAUGUUACAAGUAUUUAUGGAUAUAUACACAAUGUUAGAUCACUUGAACCAUAUAUAAAAAAUGAUCAGAUAAAAAAUUAUAGUAGUAAUAUAAAACAAAAGAGAAAAGGCUCUUUAUAUUUAUUAAAAAAUGAAAAGGAUGAGAUAAAAAUCGUCAAGUACCCGGACCCUAUAUUAAGGCGACGAAGUGAAGAAGUCACAAAUUUUGAUGAUAAUUUGAAGAGAGUUGUGAGAAAAAUGUUUGAUAUUAUGUACGAGAGCAAAGGUAUUGGUUUGUCUGCACCACAAGUAAAUAUAAGCAAACGAAUUAUUGUAUGGAAUGCAUUAUAUGAAAAAAGAAAAGAAGAAAAUGAACGAAUAUUUAUUAAUCCGUCCAUAGUAGAACAGAGUCUAGUUAAAUUAAAAUUAAUAGAAGGAUGUUUAUCAUUUCCUGGAAUAGAAGGAAAAGUUGAACGACCUAGUAUAGUAUCUAUAUCAUAUUAUGAUAUUAAUGGAUAUAAACAUUUAAAAAUUUUGAAAGGUAUACAUUCUAGAAUAUUUCAACAUGAAUUUGAUCAUCUUAAUGGUACAUUAUUUAUUGAUAAAAUGACACAAGUCGAUAAAAAAAAAGUAAGACCAAAACUUAACGAGCUAAUUAGGGAUUAUAAGGCUACUCACUCAGAAGAACCAGCCCUAUAA